AAGCUUGAGUUGAGAGAUCGUAAGUUUGAGGCGAUGCCGGAGGAAGACGAGUUCAAGGACGACAAGUACAAGCAGGCACUGCAGCAGCAGCUCAUGUCCGAUGACGAGGACGAGUACGACGAGGCGACGGGGAAAAAAACGGGAAGAUACGUGUCGCGCCCGCCAACAUAUCGGUCUGAACUGCUCAAACGGUUCCUUGCUGCUGUUGACGCAAUUCCCGACCCAAAGGGGAGUACAAAGUAUGUGACACGCGUUCGUGGUGAGCCGGUGGACGUCCCGAUUCCCUACAUACGUGCUUUUCCUUUGCGAGCACGCCGUUGGAUGAUCUGCCUCGUGUGGUUAGCUCUGGCUGACAACAAGCGAUGGGACACAAACGAGCGUCUCAUUGGGAACGGAAAGUUGUGGGGCGAUGCAAAGGAUCCGGAAGAGACAGUCGAGAAGAAACGGAAGGUGAAGGAUGAAAAGGCGGACAUGAGGAAGAAGCUGAAGUUGGUGGGAGGAAAAGCUGUCAUGGGGACCCGGGGUGGUAAGCCAGCGACGAAGAAUAAAAGAGGUAUCAUACCUGAUGUUGGGUCAUCUAAGCAGGCUGCAGAGAUGGCUGCAGCCGCUGACGAGGAAUGA